UCUCUCUUUAUAGAUAUUAGGACCAAAAGAUGGCUCUUGGUAAAGUGAAGUUUGACUUAAAAAAACGGGUAAAGUUGGCCCAGACGCUAUGGCUUGUGUAUUGGCUGUCUAUCAUUGCUGGAGUGCUUGUCUUUAGCAUGGGUCUUUUUUUCAAAAUUGAACUGCGAAAGCGAAGUGAGCUCAUGGACGACAAGGAAAGUCACUUUGUGCCCAACCUUGUAAUUGGUAUUGGACUCUUAGCGUGUGGCAUUAGUGCCUUUGGUGGCAAGAUCUGCUAUGACUCGUUGGAUUCCUCCAAGUUCACAAGGUGGAAGACAAUUAUAAAGCCAUUCCUUAUCUUCUGUUUGAUCUUUAAUGCUAUCCUUUUCUUUACUGCACUUUUGUGCUUCACCAUGCGCAUACCACUACAAUUUACCCUUGCCGAAGGCCUGAAAAAUGGUAUGAAAUAUUACAAGGACACAGAUGUUCCUGGUCGCUGCUACAUGAAGAGAACUCUGGACCUAAUGCAGAUGGAGUUUCGUUGUUGUGGAAACAAUAACUACAAAGACUGGUUUGAGAUCCAAUGGAUUAGCAAUCGCUACUUGGACUUCAGCUCAAAAGAGGUCAAAGACCGAAUCAGCAGCAAUGUUGACGGACAAUAUUUGUUGGAUGGAGUCCCCUUCAGCUGCUGUAAUCCCAGCUCCCCAAGGCCCUGCAUUCACUACCAAGUCACAAACAACUCUGCUCACUACAGUUAUGACCAUCAUACUGAAGAACUCAACAUAUGGACACGUGGCUGCAGAGAUGCUCUAGUUUUCUACUAUGGAGGACUGAUGAACACUAUUGGUGGACUAGUGUUUCUGCUUACUAUUCUCGAGGUUGCUGUGAUGAUCGGACUGCAGUAUGUGAACACGUCUCUGUCUACACUAGUAAACCCAGAAGACCCUGAGAGUGAAAGUGAGGGAUGGGUACUGGAGAAGACAGUCAAGGAAACCUUCACAGACCUCAUAGAUAAAAUAAAGGCAAUGGGAAAAAGCAAUCAGGUGGAAGAGGGGGUGGAAGUACAGGCAGUUUCUACAGUCAGCUGAAUAUACUAUGCUUAUUAAACAUUGACUACUUCAUUGCCAUCAAAGUAAAACCUACCUAUCUGAGAGUAUACAACAUGAAAAUUGAGUCAGAUUUUUAUUUGAAAAAUAAAGCCACUUAUGAAAGAAAAAUGAAUCCAAAUCCUGUUGGAAAUUUUGUGGGAGCUGUUAUCUGAAACCAAUUUGAUUUUUAUGUUUUGCUUCCUUUGCUCCCUAUAUAUUUUAACAAAAAUUACAUAUUAGGCCAGAAUUAAUUAAAAACUUACCCAGUUAUCUUAUAUAUAACAAAUAAUACUAA